AGGAAAUGAAGUUGCACAAUUAAAAAUUAGCGGGAGAGAGUUGGUUCGGAGCUUCCUUGUAUACAUAUAUUAAGUUGGGUGGUGGUGUAUAGAAAAUGAUACUUCAGAGGUGGGUGUUUUUGCUGAUGAUGUUGCUACUAGUGGCUGCAGUAAUAGGAGCAACAGCAAAUCCAGAUGUGAAACCUGGCUGCCAAGAAAGGUGUGGGGAUGUUAUUGUUCCUUUCCCGUUUGGGAUUGGGGAACAAAGAUGUGCCCUGAAUGAAAACUUCUUUCUAAAUUGCACUUCUACUGAUGAUGGUCAUCAUGAACUGUGGUUUGGAGAGAACAUGCCCGCUCGCAAGAUAUCAUUGCUGAAUGGCACAGUCACUGUAGGCAUUUUUACAUCGUUCGAUUGCUAUGACAAGUCAGGGCGGCAGUCGCAGCUUUUCUAUCAGUUUAUCACACUUGGAUCAGGUCCCUUCACAAUUUCAGACUCUCGAAAUGUGUUCACAGCUGUUGGUUGUGACACCACUGCCAUGUUGACCAACGAGGAGGUGACAUUCGGGUCUGCUUGUCUCUCUUUAUGCACUAGAAAUGUUACCAUGUCAAAGAAUAAUUCCUGCUCAGGUUCUGGAUGCUGCCAGACCUCGAUUCCAAAGGGUCUCAAGUCUCUGGAUAUUACCAUUCAGAGCAUUCGCAACCACACUGAUGUUUCCGAAUUUAACCCCUGUGGCUUUGCUUUCGUUGAGGACAUAGACUCCCUUGACCUGUCGGAUUGGCCACUCUCUCGUACUCCAAAAUUUAAAGAUACAUCAAAUGUUGUGAUCGAAUGGGUAGCUCAAACCGAGACAUGCGAAAAUGCUCAUGGCAAUAAGAGUUCAUAUGCUUGUGGCAUCAAUACAAAUUGCUACUACUCCGAUAAUGGCCAAGGAUAUCGUUGCGCAUGCAAUGAAGGGUUCAAAGGAAACCCAUAUCUUGAAAAAGGAUGCCAAGAUAUCGAUGAGUGCAGGGAUGGCAAGAGAUACCCAUGUCAUGGUAAAUGCCAUAACACCAUUGGGAAUUACGAAUGUAAAUGUCCACUUGGCAUGCAUGGUGAUGGCAAGAGAGGUUGCCGUGGGUUUCGCAUCAUCACAAUUAUUAUUGCAGCUGUUGUUGGAGUUGUUGGAGUGUUGUUACUGGUUAUUGGUAGCUGGUGGCUAUACAAAAUCAUGGAGAAAAGGAAGAGCAUCAAACUGAAACAGAAGUUUUUCAGACAGAAUGGUGGUCUACUGUUACAGCAACAUUUAUCCUCAAGUGAUCAAGGUGGUAUUUCCAAAACCAAAGUAUUUAGCUCAGAGGAGUUGGAAACUGCCACAGAUGGUUUCAAUGUGAAUAGGAUACUUGGUCAAGGUGGCCAAGGUACCGUGUUCAAAGGGAUGCUAUCAGAUGGAGUAAUUGUUGCGGUCAAAAGGUCCACAAUGGUGAGUGAAGAAAACCUUGAAGGAUUCAUCAACGAGGUCUGUAUUCUUUCACAAAUCAACCAAAGAAAUAUAGUCAGGCUACUUGGUUGCUGUUUGGAGGCAGAAGUUCCUCUUUUAGUUUAUGAAUUUAUUCCUAAUGGAACUCUUUCCGAGUAUCUCCUUCGCCAAAAUGAGGAGUUCCCUUUAUCAUGGGAAAUGAGAUUACAGAUUGCUGCUGAAACUGCCGGGGCACUUUGCUAUCUUCACUCAGCAGCUUCCAUUCCAAUUUAUCAUCGAGAUAUAAAGUCCACCAACAUACUCUUAGAUCACAAGUAUCGAGCAAAGAUUGCUGAUUUCGGGACUUCAAGAUCACUCUCCGUUGAUCAAACUCAUUUGACGACUAGUGUGCAAGGCACCUAUGGUUACUUGGACCCAGAAUACUUUUGGUCCAGUCAGUAUACAGAUAAGAGUGAUGUCUAUAGUUUUGGAGUAGUUCUUGCUGAGCUCUUAACUGGACAAAAAGCAAUUCUUACAAACGAGUCACAAGAACGCAAAAACUUGGCUGCACAUUUUGUUCUUUUGAUGGAAGAGAACAGAAUUUUUGAUAUUGUUGAUGCUCAAAUUAAGGAGCACUGCCCCAAGGAGGAUGUCAUCGGUGUAGCUAAUAUUGCAAUGAGAUGCUUGAAUUUGAAUGGAAAAAAUCGACCGACAAUGAAACAAGUCACAUCAGAGUUGGAGAGGAUCAUUCAAUUGCCACAAAAGAAGAACGUUCAACAAAAUAACGAAGAAGCUGAGAGCAUCACGGCUGAAGUAGUCAGUGCGUGGGAUGAUGCUUCUACAUCAAUUACUUGCAGCAGUUUUCAAGUUGAUCAGGCUCUAUCAUCAUCAGAUGUCGAACCUUUGGUCCCUUUCAAGACUUGGUGAUCCAUUAAUAAGAAACGUGUCUCGACUCUGCAUUGGAGUUUGGCUUCUGACCUGUCAGAAGUUCCACGAGAACCACUCCGAAGCUGAAGACAUCACUCCUUACUGUUAAAUUACCUAUCACAAGACACUCACUAUCCGGGUAGCCACAAUUCCCCUGUAUUUUUUUUGGCUAUAUCAGCUUUACCCGAUGAAAUCAGCUCUGAAGCUCCAAAAUCAGCUAUCUUUACUGUGAAAUCUUCAUCCUGAAGUAUGCUCACUGGAGGGUUUGCUAAAAGAAUGCAAAUAAUCAAAGUGCAAGUGCAAGCAAACGGUUUGUCCGAGUUCUCAACACUUGGGACUUUUAUCAUGGAUAUGAUGAAAAGGGGUUCCGUUUGAGAUGAAUUUGUUAACUAGUAAAGGCUCUUUGGUCUGUAAAAAUAGUCCAAGUAGCUUUUGACCACAUUCUUGCGAUUGACUUGUAGCCAAUUUCAUGCUGAAAUUCCUUGUUCAUUUGACCCUUGUCUACUCCCUUAAACUUGGUGACUGCAAGUUGGGUAUAAUAUGGUAAAACUCCUUUGUAUACGUAGCCAAAACUACCUUGGCCAAGUUUGAGUUCUGGAAUUACCCAACACUUGGAUCAACUGCGGCUGAGAUACCACUUAAGAUGGUGGUUCCAGCUCAUUGUGCGAUAGGACAAGUCUCAAUUCUCUGGAAAUUACCGUUCAGAGCACAAGCAACCACACUGAUGUUUCCGAAUUUAACCCUCGUGGCUUUGCUUUCCUUGAGGACACAGACUCCCUUGGCCUGUCGGAUUGGCCACUCUCUCGUACUCCAAAACUUGAAGAUACAUUAAAUGUUGUGAUCGAAUGGGUAGCUCAAACCGAGACAUGCGAAAAUGCUCAGGCCAGUAACAGUUCAUAUGCUUGUGGCAUCAAUACAAAUUGCUACUACUCCGAUAAUGGUCAA